AUGGGGAUUCUGAAUUUACAGACUAGCAGGCAGUUCAAAGUUGCCAUCCAUGUCCGAAUGUCUGUGGCUUUUAUCCCUGGGAUAUGCUGGAAAAGAUUGAAGAACAUUCCACCAAAGGGCAGCAUAUCUUGCAUGGUAAUAAACAAAGAAAAGAUACAAGAACAUUCCACCAAAGGGCAGCAUAUCUUGCAUGGUAAUAAACAAAGUAAAACAUUCAGUCAAGCUGGUCAUUUUCAUGUACAUGAACGAACUCACAGUGUAGAGAAACCCUAUGAAUGUAAACAAUGUAGUAAAACAUUCAGUUCUUCCAGUAGUCUUUGGACACAUGAAAGAAUUCACAGUGGAGAGAAACCCUAUGAAUGUAAACUAUGCAGUAAAACAUUCAGUUAUGCCAGUUAUCUUUGGGCACAUGAAAGAACUCACAGUGGAGAGAAACCCUAUGAAUGCAAACAGUGUAGUAAAACAUUCAGUUAUUGUAGUAAUCUUCGGAGACAUGAAAGAAUUCACAGUGGAAAGAAACCCUAUGAAUGUAAACUAUGCAGUAAAACAUUCAGUUAUGCCAGUUAUCUUUGGGCACAUGAAAGAACUCACAGUGGAGAGAAACCCUAUGAAUGCAAACAGUGUAGUAAAACAUUCAGUUAUUGCAGUAAUCUUCGGAGACAUGAAAGAAUUCACAGUGGAGAGAAACCCUAUGAAUGUAAACUAUGUAGUGAAACAUUCAGAUGUUCCAGUAAUCUUUGGGUACAUGAAAGAAUUCACAGUGGAGAGAAACCCUAUGAAUGUAAACUAUGCAGUAAAACAUUCAGUUAUGCCAGUUAUCUUUGGGCACAUGAAAGAACUCACAGUGGAGAGAAACCCUAUGAAUGCAAACAGUGUAGUAAAACAUUCAGUGAUUCCAGUAAUCUUCGGAGACAUGAAAGAAUUCACAGUGGAGAGAAACCCUAUGAAUGUAAAGUAUGUAGUAAAACAUUCAGAUGUUCCAGUAGUCUUUGGGCACAUGAAAGAAUUCACAGUGGAGAGAAACCCUAUGAAUGUAAACUAUGCAGUAAAACAUUCAGUUAUGCCAGUUAUCUUUGGGCACAUGAAAGAACUCACAGUGGAGAGAAACCCUAUGAAUGCAAACAGUGUAGUAAAACAUUCAGUGAUUCCAGUAAUCUUCGGAGACAUGAAAGAAUUCACAGUGGAGAGAAAACCUAUGAAUGUAAAGUAUGUAGUAAAACAUUCAGAUGUUCCAGUAGUCUUUGGGCACAUGAAAGAAUUCACAGUGGAGAGAAACCCUAUGAAUGUAAACAGUGUAGUAAAAUAUUCAGUGAUUCCAGUAGUCGUCGGAAACAUGAAAGAAUUCACAGUGGAGAGAAACCCUAUAAAUGUAAACAGUGUAGUAAAAUAUUCAGUGAUUCCAGUAGUCAUCGGAAACAUGAAAGAAUUCACAGUGGAGAGAAACCCUAUGAAUGUAAACAAUGUAGUAAAGCAUUCGGGCAUUCCAGUCAUCUUCGGAGACAUGAAAGAAUUCACAGGGGAGAGAAACCCUAUGAAUAUACACAAUGUAGUAAAACAUCCCAGCAGUCUGCUGGUCUUCAGAGACAUGAAAGAAUUCACAGUGAAGAGAAACCCUGUGAAUGCAAUAGUAAAACAUUCGGUGAUUCCAGUCGUCGUCGGAGACAUGAAAGAAUUCAUAGUGGAGAGAAACCCUGUGAAUGUAAACAAUGUAGUAAAACAUUCAGUGAUUCCGGUACUCUUCGGGCACAUGAAAGACUUCACAGUCGAGAGAAACCCUAUGAAUGCAGUGUAGUAAAACAUUUAGUUGUUGCAGUAGUCUUCAGUAACAAAAAGAUUGAAGAACAUUCCACCAAAGGGCAGCAUAUCUUGCAUGGUGAUAAACAAAGUAAUAUCAGUAAAAUACCUAGGAAUAAACCUGACAUGAAAAGACAUGAAAGACCUGUACACUGA